AAUUUACUACUACAGUUUUGCGAGUCUCGUUAACAGAAAUAAGUGCAAAUUAGUGUGUAUUGUCCGAUGAGAAAGUAUAAAAGGCUUGUGAGCGACAGGGAACUUCGGCAUUGAGAGGCAACGUUGAUUUAGGAUUAUUGGUAUUGUUUUUCGUUUGAUUGACAAUACGAAUCAUCCCACAAUGUCCCUCAGUCAAACCAGCGUGUUAAAACUGUAUAAUACCGUAAUAGAGGAUGUAAUUGCUGGAGUGCGUGAGUCUUUUCUGGACGAAGGGGUGGACGAACAAGUGCUACAAGAACUGAAACAAAUAUGGGAAAAUAAGUUAAUAUCUAGCAAAGCAGUUGAAUUGAAUCCCGAUUCCCCGGAACCUCCACCACCUCAAGUUCUUCAUAAGUCUGUUAACGUUAGUAAAGCAAAUUCGGGUGUAACGAAAAAUAAUGUACAACAGUCGUCAACAGGAAGCUCUUCCAUAGUACAACAACCUCAGCAACUAUCUCAACCUCAACAAACAUUGACUCAUAAUAGAGGCAUUCUCAAUCAACAAACAAUAACUCAAACAGUGCAACAAGUUGCGACAACUCCCGUUUCUGUCCUGGAAAGACAAGUGCCAAUUCAAAUCACGUUACCUGCUCAAGGCGACACCCAAGCUCGAGUCUUAACCAUUCACGUUCCUGCCUCUGCAAUCGCGGGAAAUCAACUGCAGCAGAUUUUAACUGGACCCGUUAUCACAGCUGCAAUGGGAUUACCUGCAGAAUUUGCAACAACACUUUUACAGCAACACGUGAAUUCUACAUUGCAAGGUCAAGCUGGUUUAACUACCGUACAGGUGAAUCAACCUCUUCAAGUUGUCUCGCAGUCAUCUAAUAACAUCGCUGCCCAACGAACAAUUCAAAAUCAAGGGAAUAUAGCGCAACUAGAUGGCCAACAUGGAGACUCGUCAGAUGAUGAUGACGAUGAGGAGGAAGAUGACAAUGAUGAUGACGAUGAAGAUCUCGAUGAAAAUCAAGAAGAGGAAAAUGAUGACGCCGCUGCACGAGAAGAGGAACCCCUCAAUUCCGAAGAUGAUGUAACUGAUGACGAUCCUACUGAUCAAUUUGAAACGGACAAUGUUGUUGUUUGCCAAUAUGACAAGAUUACGAGGAGCAGGAACAAAUGGAAGUUCUUCUUGAAAGAUGGCAUCAUGAACUUAAGUGGGAAAGACUUUGUGUUUCAAAAAGCGGGUGGCGAUGCAGAAUGGUGAAGUGUUUUUAUUAAUUAUUUUGUCAAAUCUUUUUCUUAUCGUCAGUUGUUUUUAAUGUCUUUUACCAGAAAAAAAUUAAAGACUGUAUAUGCAUCGAAACAAGUGGCGUUUCAAAGAAAAUAAGAAGUCAUCUUUGUGUAAUUUCCAUGAAAUUAGCAAUUGUCAAAGAGCGCAAGGUGAACUAGAAAAUAUCUUUAAUCCGAAACAAAAUUCAUUUUAAACACUUUUUCGGAUAUUUUUUUGAUUUUAUUACAUUUUGACAUUUUUGAUUAUUUUCAAUGAUUCAAUUAUUUUUAUCACAUUAUUUGUUGUCAAAGUUGUAUGCAUUAAAUCUUGAUUUGUUUUUUAUAUUUAUUUUUCAUUAACAAUAUUUUAGUGAAAUAAGUCGCGGAAAAUUUAAAACAAAAGGAAAAUUUAAUUUUUUGUCCAGUUGAAGUUCACCUUGAGCGAUGUGAAUUAAGUAGCAAAAUGCAAAGUCUGGUCAAUAUAUGGAUUUUUGUGCAAAAUUAAUUGCCAAUUAACUGUAUAUUCAGCUAUUUUUUUCUAUAUUUGUGCAUAAUUUCUAUUAUUUUAACUCUUUUAAAGAGAUAAUUGUCUGUAUGACUGCGAUUCUUUUGGUAAAUGUUCGAUAAGCUAUAAUCUUUUUAAAUCUCCAAUUUCCGCCUUCAAUAUCAGUUACGAAGCGUUAAAAAAUCUGUAUUGUAAGUAUUUUCCAUGUAUGUAAUUACUUAGGGUUUUUUUUCCUUACAAUUCAAUUAUUAUUACAUAUUAUUAUUAUUAUUAUUAUUAUUAUUAUUUCAAAGUGCUCGUAUUUGCAACACAUUAUAGUCAGUCAAAAUGCAUUUGUAAACCUCAAGUCAUUUUUCUUUUUGUUUGUUUUUAAUAUAUUGUGGUAAUUAAUUUCAUUAAGGGUGUUGUACAUAGAUUAAGAUAUGAGGCAACUGGAAAAAGCGAUUUUGUGCAAAUGCGAUUAAAAUAAAUGUGUCUUAAAUUGUUGAUGAAAAA